UGUGUACAGUAAUUAGGGAUUUCAAAACAUUCGCUGAGAGAGAGAGAGAUGGUGAAGAAGGAGCAAGUGGAGGCUUCACUGACUUCGAAACUUAAGCCUGUUCAUCUCGAAGUCAUUGACAUAUCUGGAGGAUGUGGUGCGAGUUUUGAGAUCGAGGUUGUCUCUGAACAGUUUGAAGGGAAGAGAUUGCUGGAGAGGCACCGUAUGGUGAAUGCUGCACUCGAGGAAGAAAUGAAGGAGAUUCAUGCGCUCUCUAUCAAGAAAGCUCAGACUCCACAACAAUGGAAGCCAUCACAAGACACUGCUACUCCAUCCAAAGAUGCCUGAAAACUCUGUUUUAAAGGUUUUAUGGACAAAAAAGAACAGAGCAUGACUAUGUUUGAUCACUUGCAAAUCUAUUUGACUAUACACAAAAAUGAUGCUUUGAUGACUCAUGUCUAACCUUAACAAGGGGUGUCUUUGAUAAUUCAUGUCUUUUUCAUAAA